AGAAUCCUCAUCUCCAUGGCAACGGCAACAACACGUUGUAUGCUAACUCCAGAAGCGUGCUAGCUCAGCUCAGCUAACAUCAAACCAGCAAACCAGCAGCUUUUCUUUAAUGUUUACUGGCUGAAUAUUAACUUAAUGACGGACAGCUGGAACACAGAUACCGGAGAAGCUGUGUAUCGGUCCCGGGAUGCCGUUAAAAACCUCAGAAUACGGGUGCGGAUAGAGAGGGUGACCACCACAGCAGCCCUCUCCAAGCACCUCGAGGAGCAAGUUCUGUCCCAGCAAGACAGAGGAGCCAUUGAACUGGAAACCCUCAGCCCACAAGGCCAGCCAGGUGAUAAUGAGGAGGAGCUGGAGGUGGGCUGGCAGGAGAAACUCUUCAGUCAGUAUGAGAUGGAGCUGUUCCAGAACGAGGCAGCAUGUCAGACCCCUCUGGACCGUCAGUACCACACUGAUGUCAAGGCCCUGAACAAAGCCAAGGGCCGACGUAAUCACAGGAUCUUCACGUACACUGAUCAUGACCGCUACACCAGCUGUCUUCCACUCCAACAACUGCACUCCACUGACUUAUUGAACACAACCAAAUCCAGCCCCACAUUCCUGGCUGAAAGGAUGGCCAGCGUGAGACAUCGACGGCAGGACAGACGCACCAUGGAUAGUACUAUUCCGAAGACAAAGAUCGUCAACUGGGAGCCCACAGAGGAGUUUGUGAAAUGCAGUCAUGUGGUGUAUAAUGCCAUGCAGACCUUGCACAUCAUGGGAGACCUGGCACCCCCUGGAAGACUGGGCCAGAAAGAGAAUGAAUAUUUGCUGGUAACCAUAAAAUCAGACGGCAGUGGAACCGUCGUCGUAAAACCUGACUUCAACAAAGGCAAAGAGCCGUACAGGAUUGUUACAGCGGGGGAGAAGAAAGAAGUGUGGCGUCUCACCGUGGAGAACGUGUGCACGGCCAUGCAGCCAGAGGAGAAGGAGAGGGAGCAGAACAUGUACAAAGACCUGUACGUACGGCACAAAGAGUACCUCAACAGCCUCGUUGGACAGGACUUUGAAAUGCCUCCUUUAGGUAUUCUGCGUUACCUGAUGAAUGGAGAGAUAGUCUCAGCCAAAGGCUUCGAAUAUGAUAACUUAUACAUCCACUUCUUCAUGGAGCUGCCCAACAAUUGGUCCAGCCUGCCGUUUCAGCCUCUCUCAGGGGUUACGCAGACCUGCCGGGCCAAAACAUCGGGGAAGGAAAACAUGGCUUUCUUCAGUUACCCCUUCAGCUUCGAGGCUUUCUACAUGAGUGAAAAAGAGAGCGAGGAGUCCAUUCUGCAGUGGCCAGUGAUCUACUUCAAGGUUCUUUCUCUGGACUCCUGGCAGCGCUAUCGAACUGAAGGCUAUGGAUAUCUGCUGUUUCCUGCCAUCCCUGGUGAACACACAAUAACAUGCCACACGUGGAGACCCCUUCAGACGGGGCCAGUUUCUGCACUGAGGCGCUUCUUUAUCGGAGGUUCUCCGGAGCUUGAAGACCACAGCUACGUCCGAAUACCAGGGACCUUCAAGGGAGAGAGGCUCAGUCGCUUUGGCUUUUGCACUGAAACCACCGGAAGUGUCACCUUUAAUCUGCACUGCAUCCAGCAAGCCAGGGCCUUCGUUGAUUCCACCAUGUUGAAGAAGAGGAGGCAGAAAGUGUUUGACCAGCUGGGAGGAUUCAGUCAGCAAGGAGCUGUUUGCACCAUCCUGGAGGCCUUCCAGAGGGCCAGGAAAAAGAUGCAAGAGGCCCGAGAAAGUCUCCCCCAAAACCUCGUCAACACCGCCUCCCAACUCAAGGCCGAAUCCACGGCGUAGGUGUGCAAAUGCCCCAACAUUACCAGCAACAUUUACUGUGUUUUGCUGAGAGGACUAUGAUGAACUGUCAGAGAGACGCUAUUUAUUCUUUGUAAAGAAAGCUAACAUGUUGGAAGGGGUAAUAACUGAGGUAAAUUUGUGGUAAUGAAUGAGGAGCAAAGCCAAUAUGCCUACUAAGUAUGGUAUCAGCAUGCAUUGACUUCUUUGUACUGUCACUGUUUGUCUCAGAUUUGAGUAAAUAGUCUCUUUUUCAGAGUUAAAGGUUUAACACUAAGACGUAACAGAAAAUAAAAUACUUUUUUAGAUCUGGAUUGUAUAUUUUCCUUUGGUUAUUUCAAACAUUAGAAUCAUAUUUGCUGUAAUAUAAACUUUUUAUAUGAACUAUAA